AUGAGAACUUUCCCCGAGUUUAUCGCUCUCAUCGCUCGAUCUCCUUGGGCAUACGUGGGCGGCGUUUCCUUAUCACGAAUAUGGCCGGACUUGCUGCACAUUUUAGACUUGGCACUGAGUCCGGAGGCAGCAGCCAGUGCCCUCACAGCCACUGCCGAGCAGAGCCCGUGGCCGGGCCAGACGCAACAAUUGCGGCUCUCUGCCGCUUACGCUGACUUCGUGAACAUGUGCCGCGCGGACAAGGUUCGCUCCAGAGCACCGCCGUUUCAGCUGGAUGCGAUCAAGGGGAACAAGAAGAAACUGAAGUUUCCCACGUUCGCUCAGAAACAUCUGAGCGGGGCCGAGUCAGUGGUGCUUGUGCGAUGGCUCGCGCUGGUAUGUGCUCGAGAAGCUGAAAAAGAUGGCAGCGAGCACAACAAGUUGCGUGCUGCACUGUUUCUGGGUUUGGGCACAAUGAGGAAAAUCCUCACGUCUGCUGGCUUUUACCUGAAUGCCGAGGAGCUGAGAGAGCUGGAGUACUACAACACAAUGUAUCACUCCGCUCUCAAUGCUCUGGCUACGGAAGCCAUGCAUCAUGGUCAGCUGCUGUGGAAGGUCCGGCCGAAGGGCCAUCAGCUGGAUCAUCUUUGUCUGGAUGCUGCGGUUCUGAUGAACCCCAUCCAGACUUCGGCUUAUUCCGAGGAAGAUCUUGUGGGGCGCAUGAAGCGCCUGGCGUUGCAGUGCCAUCCACGUCGGCUUGGACUGACGGUGCUGCAGAGGUACUGCUGGUACUGCUGCGUGAGGUGGCUGAAGACUGAUGAGUGA